GGCUCAGAAGAAGACAACCCCAGGAGAGGCUCCACUGAUGACUGGACAGCUGGGCCCAGGCCAUGGGAAGAAGCUGGGCCAUCGAAGCGUGGACGCCUCUGGAGAAACCACCUACAAGAAGACCACCUCCUCCACCCUGAAGGGGGCCAUCCAGCUGGGCAUCGGAUACACUGUGGGCAACCUGAGUUCCAAGCCGGAGCGUGACGUGCUCAUGCAGGACUUCUACGUGGUGGAGAGCAUCUUCUUCCCCAGCGAAGGCAGCAACCUCACCCCCGCCCACCACUUCCAGGACUUCAGGUUCAAGACUUACGCGCCCGUCGCCUUCCGCUACUUCCGGGAGCUCUUUGGGAUCCGGCCAGACGACUACCUGUACUCCCUGUGCAACGAGCCCCUCAUCGAGCUGUCCAACCCCGGCGCCAGCGGCUCCCUCUUCUACGUCACCAGCGACGACGAGUUCAUCAUCAAGACGGUCAUGCACAAGGAGGCCGAGUUCCUGCAGAAGCUGCUGCCCGGCUACUACAUGAACCUCAACCAGAACCCACGGACACUGCUCCCCAAGUUCUACGGGCUGUACUGCGUGCAGUCGGGGGGCAAGAACAUCCGUGUGGUGGUCAUGAACAACAUCCUGCCGCGAGUGGUCAAGAUGCACCUCAAGUUCGACCUCAAGGGCUCCACGUACAAGCGGCGGGCCAGCAAGAAGGAGAAGGAGAAGAGUAUCCCCACCUACAAGGACCUGGACUUCAUCCAGGACAUGCCCGAGGGCCUCAUGCUCGACGCCGACACCUUCACCGCGCUGGUCAAGACGCUGCAGCGGGACUGCCUGGUGCUGGAGAGCUUCAAGAUCAUGGACUACAGCCUGCUGCUGGGCGUGCACAACAUCGACCAGCAGGAGCGCGAGCGCCAGGCCGAGGGCACGCAGAGCACGGCCGACGAGAAGCGGCCCGUGGGCCAGAAGGCGCUCUACUCCACGGCCAUGGAGUCCAUCCAGGGCGGGGCCACGCGCGGCGAGGCCAUCGAGACGGACGACACGAUGGGUGGGAUUCCUGCCGUGAACGGCCGCGGGGAGCGCCUUCUGCUGCAUAUUGGCAUCAUCGACAUCCUGCAGUCCUAUAGGUUUAUCAAGAAGCUGGAGCACACCUGGAAGGCCCUGGUCCACGACGGGGACACGGUCUCUGUCCACCGGCCCAGCUUCUACGCGGAGCGCUUCUUCAAGUUCAUGAGCAACACGGUCUUUAGAAAGAACUCCUCCCUAAAGUCUUCUCCGUCCAAGAAGGGGCGUGGAGCCCUGCUGGCUGUCAAACCCCUGGGGCCUACGGCCGCCUUCUCGGCCAGCCAGAUCCCCAGCGAGCGGGAGGACGCGCAGUACGACCUGCGGGGGGCUCGCAGCUACCCCACGCUGGAGGAUGAAGGCCGGCCUGACCUGCUGCCCUGCACCCCACCCUCCUUCGAAGAAGCCACCACUGCCUCCAUCGCCACCACACUGUCCUCCACCUCCCUCUCCAUCCCCGAGCGGUCGCCCUCGGAGACGUCUGAGCAGCCGCGCUAUAGGCGACGCACGCAGUCCUCGGGACAGGACAGCCGGCCUCCGGAGGAGGUGCACGUGGAGGAGGACCUGCAGCAGAUCACGGUGCAGGUGGAGCCCACGUGCAGCGUGGAGAUCGUGGUCCCCACAGAGGCGGCCACAGGGGUGGAGCCGCCCUCAGCCUGCGCCUCAGCUGCCGCUGUGGAGGUGGAGACCACCAGCCAGGCCUCGGAGCCGGCCAGCCAGGCCUCAGACGAGGAGGACGCGCCAGCCACCGACAUCUACUUUCCCACCGACGAGAGGUGCUGGGUGUACUCCCCACUGCACUAUAGCACGCCGGCCCAGCCGGCCUCGGACGGCGAGAGCGACACAGUAAGUCGGUGUGGCGGCCGCCCGGGCGGGCCAGCCCGGCCCAGCCCAGGCCCGAGAGGCCUUCCCCAGCAUGGCCCUAGGGGUCCCAGGUGGCAGGCAGGGUGGGUGGAGGGCGCCGGGCAGCACCGCAGCCGUUCAGUGUCUGCGUUCACCGGAGGUCGGAGUAACUUCUAUGCAGAUGCCCACCCAGAACCCAGCGACCGCCGCUGCCUGGAGCCGCCGCCCGCCCACCUCGGGCUAGAGCGCUGGGGCCGCUGCCGCUGCCCACAAGACCCCGCACGACCACCCCAGCGUCCUGUCGCCCUCCCCACCCCUGUGGCUGGCUCCCUGCACCUGGGACCCCCGAAAUUCUGGACUUCUCCUGGGUGUCCACUCUGUACAGAGACUCCAGCACCCGGGUGCUUUUCCUGGAGACAAAUCACAGAAGGAGGAAAUGGCCAGUCCGUGGCCCCUGUGGUGUCCAGGUCCUGGUCACGGCCGGAGUCCACGCCUGAGACCCAGACGCUCGGUGGCCAGGGCCUUGCUCCCCGCCGUGGGGUGCCUGAAGGUCCUCACCCAGGGUCUCAGCCCCCGUCCACGUGUCGUCCUCCCCGGAAACCCAGCUCUUCGUUCGGACAGGCAGACCCCAACCCGGCGCAGUCGUGGGGUCCUCCCAUUCUUAGUGGCAGCACAGAGGGUCCCCUGCUGCCUCCUAGGACUCCAGGGUGGAGGCGUUCCGCAGAAGGGAUCCCCCAGCCCCCUGCGUAUCCCUGGACAGACCUGGAGACCAGGGUGCCCCUGUCAGACCUGGGCUUCUGUUUAGAGCUGCCGCUGGCACCACCACCUGGCAGAGGCGGGAAAGGUCCAGAAGGAAGCCCCUUGGGGCUCCCAGAGGACCCUGCCGGGCACAGCCUGUACCUCCCGGUGCUGCCGGGCCCUGCCGCACCCGUGGGCUUCUCCCCUCGUGGUGGUGCAAGGCCUGUGCUCUGCUCUGAGCAAGACGACAGGCACGCAGGGUCAGCUCCCGGCCGGGAGCCUGGCACUGAGGACCUGCAAACGAGGAGGCAGCAGACGGCGAGGCUCCGUUGCCCACCCCUCAGAGCAGACGCCUCCUGGGCCCAGGGACUGUGCGGCAAGCGCCCCGCUCCUCAGGCCCCCGCGGCACAAGGACCCGCCUGGGGCUGCCUUCGGCACUGCCUGAAACGUACCUCUCCCAACGAGGAGGCCAGGGUCUGGUCAGCAUCCAUCGCACAGACUGCGAUUGAAGAUGAAGACGACAGUAUAUAG